GCGCUGCACAAAAUUGCUUCUGUUAGCCACCGAGUCGCGUUGUCGACAUGUUUUACGUUUCGCUCCCUAUUCUGAUGUUUUUAUACAUUCAGUCGCAUGGUUGCAUUAAUUAAACACUUUCAAUGCGGUUGUAAAGAAGAUCAAAUGAGGGGAAUGAACACCUUCAUCUCGUCUAGUGAAGUGGAACCACAGUAGCAUCGUGCAGCGUGAUUUUAGUGUUCACAUGGAGCCACUGCCAGUUUCAUAGUAAUACAGUGAACAGGCAGAUCUUCAUAUGUGUUUCACAUUUCUGACUUGAAUCAUAUCUUAAUGCACAGGACAGUUUACAGCACAUUACAACGGCUUCUCGCUUUAAACAGGUACUUUUUAGUGACUCCAGGUGUGCUGACUCCGACAUUUUUGUUCCCUCUUCCUUUAUAGGUGCCCCCUUGCUCUGGGUUUAUGUUGUUUUUAGUUUCGUUGGCGUUCAUCUGAUGACAAUGAAAGUUCAGAAAGUUUCUUCUCGAUCUCAACAUGAGCAAAGAAACGUCACUAAACGUCACGGCAAGAAUAAGUGGUGCAAAAAAGUACGCAAACUGGACUCGGCUCUCUCAAGUUCUGGGACUGCUAAAUUGGAGCAACAGAUAGCCAAAAGGGAGAAACCCAGGUUAAAACGGUUGAAGAAGUUGUAUGCAAAACCUGUGACUUUGAUCCCUAUAAACAGUUAUACUGAGGAGGAAAAGAAGACUUUUGCUCAUGUCCACACAAAUGGAGGCACAGGACUGGAGGCCAGCAGCAAUUCAGAGGACUCUAAAGAAUGGAGUGCAUAUGCCAAGAGUGUUCUUCAGAGUUCAACGUUACCUGACAAAGAACAGUUGGAGAAGGACAGUCUUCAGUACCAUGCACAGUUUGACCAUGACGACAAUCGUGCUGUUUUAGUCAUGCAACAAGGCCAGGUCUUGUGUUUCCGUGGGAAGUGCCUGCUCACUUGCCUCUACGGUCGGGUAGAGGUGUUUGGCUUCACCAUAGAGGAGGGCCAACAACCUUACCCCCUUUUCUCUCCACCCUCACACUGCCCUCUCACCAUCACGGCUUUAGGAAUCAACUCCAACUACAACAAGAACAAGAAAGAGGGGCGACUGGAGGCGAAAGCCAUUGUUCGCAAAUACCUCUCUUCAGAGCCAUGUAAGAAUCUCAUCAGUGUGGUAGACUCGGACUCCUGUGUGCUGCUCCUGGAACCCUUGGACACACCCCUCACUCGCUUUCUCCACGGCUUCUCAGAACUCAGUGAGGUCUUUGGACUCAACUCGAGGGAGCUGAGGUCUCAGGCUGCCAUCUCUAACCCUGCUCUGUCAGCCGUGGGUGUGACAGCUCUGCAUGGACCCUGUGCACAGGGUCUGGUGAUGUCAUGCAGCUACAGAGAGGCUCUAAGCAGCUUGCUCAGUGCCUGGGCAGGAGAGUUUGACAGCUGUCCCAUCAUUCUUGUGUGUGGUGGGAAAAACUCUGGCAAGUCCACCUUCAAUCGUCACCUUAUUAACAGCCUGCUCAAUCACACUGCAAGUGUAGAGUAUUUGGAGUGUGACCUUGGCCAGACCGAGUUCACCCCUCCUGGCUGCCUCUCCUUAUGUACAGUUACAGAGCCACUAUUGGGGCCUCCUUUCACACACUUGCAUGACCCAGAGCACAUGGUGUACUAUGGUCAGACAGAUUGUCAGGCUGACAUAGAUCGGUAUUUGGAAUCCCUCAAAUCCCUCUGGCGCCACUGCAGCAGAGAGAGUCCGGUCAUCAUCAACACUAUGGGCUGGGUCAAAGGCCAGGGCUUUCAGAUUCUUGUUGACCUCAUUCGCCUUUUUUCCGCUACACAUGUGGUGCAGCUGAUAUACGGGAACGUCCCACAGUGUCAACAUCUAACCCCAGACGUACUCAGAACUGCUCACGGCUGGCAGACACACCCUCCAACACCGCCCACCCUGACAGAGGAGUCCACCAGUCACCUAAGUGUUCGAUCUCAUGUAUUUCUCAGCAUCCUCUCAGAAUUUGAAUGUGCUGGGACAUCUGGAAAAAUGCGACAUCAGCGUAGUAAUGAGCUGCGAGAUCUGGCUCUGCUUAGCUACUUCAGUAAGAUGCAAUCCCCAGACCCGGGCCCCAUCCGCCCGCUUCACUGCUUCAUACCCUAUCAGGUCCCACACUCAUCGGUGGCUAUAGGGGUUACACACUGUGAGGUCGCACCUAACCACAUUCUCUACGCAGCCAAUGCAAGUCUAGUCGGAUUAUGCUGUCUAAGUGAAAAGGUCAUGGGCAGAGGAGGUCCUGUUGUGCUCUCCCAAACUCCCAUCUGUCAGUGUGUGGGCCUGGGUGUUCUGAGAGGUGUGGACAUGGCGCGAGGUCUUUACUUCCUGAUUACUCCUGUGUCUCCCUCUGUCCUGAGGCACGUGAACUGUCUUCUGCUGGGAGAGAUCACUUUGCCUAAAGCACUUCUCACCAUGCAGCAUGGAGUUGAAGUGGAAUUGCCAUACGUCACCACAGACUACAGCUUUGAAGUCACAGGGGCAGGAAAGCUCCAUGUCUACAAAGGACUGACAAGACCUAGUUUUGUAGGCAAAUAACUAAGCUCUUCUGGAUGGGCUAUGCUUUCUGUAAAUGAUAUUUGUAUCAUUGAAUUGUUUUAUACCCUGAAUAUAGAGGUAAAAUUUGCUUGGCUUUUGGAACUGUAUACUAUGGGAAAACAGAAUGUAUGGUAACGUGUUGUUUUCUAUAUCUCUUUUUGAAUUGCUCCAUGUUUAAGAUCAGCAUGGGAGACCGUUGUUCCUCAUGUUUUGAUUUGCUGUACUGGUACAGUUUUUAACAUGUUAUUAAGAAUACUUGUUCAUUGUGAGUCCUUGUAAUUUUUUUCCCCAAUUCAAAUUCCCAAAUCAUGAUAAUACAGACAUUUUAAAAUAUUAAAGUGGGUUUCAUUUUUGUCAAGAAAAAUGACUCGAUAAUUGCUUGACAUUUUUUUUUAUUUUUUUUUUUUUUAUUAAAUAUUGCGUAAAAACUGAAGUGGCCAGGAUUCUGCUGUCUGAGACUAAUUUCAGGAAUCCUAAAGGAUUUCUGUCGUCAAAGGGCAAAGUCGGCUCACCGACGGCCAAUUAAUAGCCUUUGCCAUGAUCUUUAGCCUCCGACGAAGUUCUGGCAGUGUCAGAAAUUUAGCAUCGCAGCCGUAUAGUGUGACUGCUAUUACGACAGCCGGAUGAGAUAUUCCGCUCCUCUCUCGCAACCCAAUUCACUUGCUCCGCGUUUGCACCACCAUAGCAACAUUUGUGCCCAGCUAUCACUCUACUCAAGCUCUUUCAAAAAAAAAAUUUUUUCUUUUCAUUUUAUAUAAAAAGUUUUAAUAAAUAAGCAGAAAGUACUUGGAGAAAAGUGUAACACUUCAGCA